GGCCUUCAACAUCUCAACCCCACCACCGCCAACUCAUCACCGCGUCGCACCCUCUCAAGGCCAGCUCCCUGCACCACCAAGACGCCCCUGAAACCCGCCAAAGCCAUGGACAUCGACGACAUCCUCCGCCAGGUCGACCCGGUCUCCCACUCCGUGCCCCCCGAGACGCGUGACCUGCAGGCCUUGACGCGUCUCUGGGUGGCCGAACGCUCGGCGCCUGAGCUCUUAGAGUGGCCUCAGGACGGGCUAAUCGAUCGCGUUAACACGCGGAUCAAGACCCAGAUUGAGAAGGUUGAGGAGAUGACUGGCGACAUGGAUCCCAAGACCAACUUUGCCCUCAUCGUCAUCCAGACCGAGCUGGAGCGGUACAAGUUCCUUGUCAGGAGUUAUCUCAGAGCCCGGAUUGCCAAGGUCGACAAGCACGCGCUUCACUAUCUUUCCAGCCAAGAACUCAGGCGCCGGCUCUCUCCCACGGAAGUGGCCUAUGCCACGAGACAUCAGGCUCUCCUGCAUAACCAUUACCUGUCUUCCUUCCUCUCAUCCUUCCCAGAUGAUCUGCAGAACCUCAAUGAUACCGGUGGCAACGCCAGUAUGAUCGACUCCCCUGACCCAGACACCACCGUUUUUAUCCGCUUGUUGCGCGACCUCGACGUCCAUGGUAUGGGUACUGACAACGACAUCACGUUGCCGUCACAGAACGGCGAUAUUGUCAUUCUCCGGUGGUCCAGUGCUAAGCCCUAUGUGGAUGAAGGAGACGCUGAGCUCGUGUGAGCGCGUCACGUCUCGCCCAAGAAAUGGCAUCCAAGCCCCCUAUCCGAGCGUCCGUCUGUGUGCAUACUGCACCUCAUGUGGGAAAUCCAUACUGCCUAAAGCGAUGCAAGCCUUCGGGUAUUUGUAGAAAGAGGUGUCAACCCCCUGAAAUACCUAUUCUCUUUGGCUUCUGG